AUGAAAACAAUUCACUGUGAUUCGAACCCAAGACCUCGAAAAGAAAAAAAUAAAACGUGCGACGAAGUCUGGGUUCGAGGCUGGGCGCGCGAUUUUUUUUUCUUAAACAAGAAUCAUAAGGACGUUGCAAAGCCAUGGAUAAUUUUAAAAACAGCAACAAUUCUAAUGAGUCGAGCAAAGAUGACUGAUUUGUUUGCUAUAAAUGUAAUUGUCCAACAGGGGCUGGAGGCCGAUCGAGAACAUUACAAAGACAGUAGAGAACGGCAAAGUACAACACAAACAAAUCAUUAACAAAUCUUCAGAGAUCUGUGAUGAUAAGCUGUUUAUUCCAUAUUCCUCUCAUUAUGAUCAUAGAUCAUUAAAAUCAUCAAAUUUCAUCCAUUCAUUCAAUUUAUUUAAAUUUAUAUUGUUAGAUUGCAAGAAAACUCAAUCAUCGUUUUAAAGAUGUAAAACAGAGUAAAUGUCACUGAAGUUUUUUUUCAUCAUUAUUGAUUAUAAUGACUCUCAAAAGAAGGAAGAAGAGGAGCGAAAUAAAAAUUUUAAUAUUAAAUCAUCAAAGCAAGAAUGUUUCAUCACUAGACAUCAUACAUACCUGAAUCUUAAAUAAUUAAAUAAAAUCAGUUU